CGAGUGACGCAACAAGCUGUCAGCUGUUCUUGUUUUGCUUCGGUUUUUUCCCUUCUUCUUUCUCCAGAGUGUCUGAUCUCUUCUGUACUAAAUAAGAACAUUUAUGGAACUCAGAUUUGGAUUCUAAAAACACCGGAUAUAAGGAGUUCAAAACACUCAGGCCUAUGAUUAGAUCGGUUUAUUGUUAAAAAGGCGAUCGAGAUUUCUUCUCAGCUGGAUCCUCAAUCCGACGCUAUCGUGCCAAGAGGCAAAGCCGAUCCCAGGCCUCCGAUCCAGGGCGGAGGGAGGGAAAGAGGUCGCUGGGAAUCGGGAUGGAGACGGGAGAGGGAGCAGACGGUCCUAGCGGACCGGGUGAACCGGGAGCCGGGCCGGAGCUGACGGGGCUUGGCUGCGCCUCUUUCAACCAAGACUCCACGUCAUUGGCAGUGGGAACCAAGACAGGCUAUAAGCUGUUCUCUGUGACCUCAGUGGACAAACUGGACUGCAUCUACGAGAGCGAGACCCCAGACGUGUACAUCGUGGAGAGGUUGUUCUCUAGCAGUCUGGUGGUGGUGGUCAGUCUCUCCAUCCCCAGACGGAUGAACGUCUACCACUUCAAGAAGGGAACGGAGAUCUGCAACUACAGCUACAGUAACAACAUCCUCUCUGUCAGGCUCAACAGACAGAGGCUGGUGGUGUGUCUGGAGGAGUCCGUGUACAUCCACAACAUCAAAGACAUGAAGCUGCUGAAGACCCUUCUCAACACGCCCUCCAACCCCUCAGGUCUGUGUGCUCUGUCCAUCAACCAUUCCAACUCGUACCUGGCCUACCCAGGCAGCUCCACCAUCGGAGAGAUCAUAGUUUACGAUGCCAACAACCUGAGCACUGUCACAAUGAUCCCGGCCCAUGACAGUCCCCUGGCUGCUCUCACCUUCAACUCGUCAGGCACCAAGCUGGCCAGCGCCUCGGAGAGGGGUACUGUAAUCCGUGUGUUCUCCAUCCCAGAGGGACAGCGUAUGUUUGAGUUCCGCAGAGGGAUGAAGAGGUACGUCAAUAUCAGUUCCCUGUCCUUCAGUCCUGACGCCCAGUUCCUCUGUGCCUCCAGCAACACUGAGACCGUACACAUCUUCAAACUAGAACAGCACGGACCCAGUGGAGAGGAGGAGUGUCCUACCUGGGGAUCCUACGUAGGGAAGAUGUUCUCUGCAGCCAGCAGCUACCUCCCAGCCCAGGUGUCUGGCGUGAUGAGUCAGGAAAGAGCCUUCGCCACUGUACGCCUCCUAGUGGCCGGGCAGAGGAACGUCUGUACCCUCGCCACGAUCCAGAAGCUUCCUCGUCUGCUGGUGGCCUCCUCUGACGGACAGCUGUUCAUCUAUAACGUCGACCCUCAGGAUGGAGGAGAGUGCGUCCUGGCUCAGAAACACAGAUUGUUUGGUGAGGAUGAGGACAAGGAGGAAGGGGUGGAGUCAGAAGGGUCAGAGGUCACGGUGCCCGUCCAGGCAUGUCCAUCAUACGCCGCCACUGUUGCCAUACCAGCCACCGGUCCAGUCACUACCACGCUCACAGGUUACUCUGAGGAUGGUGGGGCUAAGAAGGGAGAGGUGAUCCCAGAACAUGAGUUUGCUGCUGGUCCCGUCUGUCUGGAUGAUGAGAACGAGUUUCCUCCAAUAAAUUGGUGCCGCGACGGAACUCGAGGUGGCCAGGGGCGUCGUCUGUGAGGGAAGGACAGGAGGACAGACAGACAGGUGUCUGUUGUACACGUUAGAACACACUGACACCUGGUCUGGAACCACAGGCGGGAGGACAGACAGACAGACAGGUGUCUGUUGUACACGUUAGAACACACUGACACCUGGUCUGGAACCACAGGACUUCCAGGGGUACCGUUACCCAGAGAGAGAGAGUCAGAGAGGAACAGGACUAAAUAAACCAGGGGAGCCGUUACCCAGAGAGAGAGUCAUGACUAAAUAAACCAGGGGAGCCGUUACCCAGAGAGAGAGUCAGAUAGAGAGGAACAGGACUAAAUAAACCAGAGGGAGAAAAGAUUCUCAUUUUAAGGUGCUAAGUUAUUUUUUUGAAUUAAGUGAUUUAAAAAUAAAUAAAUAAAUAAUAAUCAUGAUUUCUAAUUGGGAGGGGGGGGGGGCAGGACUGGGUGUUUGUGAACCGGUGUAUUACAGUCCUGGGUCAAAUAUAUCAUGUCAAACACUCAAAUACCAUUAUGUCCUAAAAGGCACCCUAUUCCCUAUAUAGUGCACUACUUUUGACAAGGCCCAUAGGGCUCUGAUUAAAUGUAAUACACUAUAUAGGGAAUAUAGUUCAAUUUGGUGCACAGUCCAGAGCUGUGCUUAGUUUAGUUCAGUGGUUCUCAACCCAGGGGUACUAGGAGAGGGUACUAGAGGGGGUACUAGAGAAGACUCAUGAGACCAUAGGCCUACUGGUCAAAAUGCACAUGAAGGGGGUACUUCAGGGGUACUCUGGGCAGAGCAAAAUUUAGUUGGUGGCAUACUAACCAAAAAAUAAAUAAAUGGGUUUAGUGUUUCCUGUAAAAUGGAACCAAUGAAACCGAUUUGAAUAUUCCCAAGAGGACAAACUCCAAACUAAAUCAAGGUCACAAAGCCUCUGUCUCAGAGGGCACCUUGGAAGAGCAGUGGAAGUAUUAGAGACCAUGUGUGUGAUCCGUCUGUGGUGUGAUAAGACUCUCCUGUACCACGUGCAUGGUGGGGUCUCUAUCCCCUGUACUAUACCCACUGCUAUACCCACUCUCCUGUACCACGUGCAUGACUGACAUGUCGCAAAUAUAACCACGGUUUUGUUUUUUUAUAGCUACAUACAUUACUUGACAAAAAAAAAACAUUUUAUAAUAGAAUAAUUAAAUUGUUUAAUUAUAGCAUCAUCAUAACUUUGUAUUACGUUUGUUAUUAUUAUUAACAUUAUGGUAUUUAAUCGUAAAGGAGAUUAACAGGUUUUAUUAUGAUGUUUAUUUUGUUUUAAAUCUGUGUAUUUGGAUGUAUUGAUACUUACUAAAUGUUUACAUGUACACCUAUUGGACACGAACCAGCAGGUCGUUUUGUAUGUACGUCCCGAUGAUAUCAUUUGUAAAAGUGCGACGUUUUGCAGAUUGCACAAAGACCAACAAAAACAGACUCUACACAGAAACAAACAAAUAAAGAAGUUGACUGAAGUAGGAAUGGAAUUAUGCAAAUCA